AUGCGCCGCGCGCCAUCAUUACUUUCGCCACGUGUCGCUCACCCUAUGGGGAAUAGACGGCACGCGAGGCGCGGAAGUCGAAGCGCUCAGAUGUCCCUUCACCCGUCAGCUCGACACGACCUUCUGACUUCGCCAACGUCGGCCUCUGAACCGAUGAUGCCGGAAGGAACAAAGUUUGGCCCCUCCCCCAAGGGGGUUACCGAAUGGUAA